AUGAGCCCAGCUGCGCUGUCAGCGUUCACACGAUCUCUACUCUUCAAUCGAUGCUCUGCGAGUUCCCUCGUUAAUCCAUCAGUUCGUAAUUCAAUUGCUUUCUUUGCCACUGCAUCUGCUACUCCAAAAGUCAAUGUAAAUGUGGGCACAAUCGGACAUAUCGAUCACGGAAAGACGACGUUGACCUCGGCGAUCACAAGAGUUCAGGCAAAGAAAGGCAAGCGGAUUUCGCCAAUCGAACAGUUAUGAUUGAAAAAUAACUUUGCAGGAUUCGCGAAGCACAUCAAAUUCGACGAGAUUGACAAGGGAAAAGAAGAGAAAAAACGCGGAAUCACAAUUAAUGUUGCGCACAUCGGAUACGAGAGCCCUCAGCGCCGUUACUCGCACACUGACUGUCCCGGACACUCGGAUUUCAUCAAGAACAUGAUCUGUGGAACUUCGCAAAUGGACGUUGCUGUUCUGGUGAUUGCUGCCACUGAUGGAGUUAUGGAGCAGACAAAAGAACAUCUGAUUCUGGCGAAGCAAGUUGGAGUGAAGAAUAUGGUCAUUUUUAUCAAUAAGGCUGAUUUGGUAGAAGAAGAUGUUCUAGACUUGGUAGAGAUUGAAGCCAGGGAACUUCUGUCUCUGCACGGAUUCGAUGGAGAUGGAACUCCGGUCAUCCGUGGAUCCGCUUUGGCCGCCCUCGAGGGAGACGACAUUUCGAGCAUUGACCGUUUGUUGGAAGCUCUCGAUUCACUGCCAGAGCCAGAUAGAAAUGAGCAGGACAAGUUCGUAAUGCCGAUCGGAUCGAAGACUGCAAUCACUGGAAGAGGUACCGAUUUACAGUUGUGAAUCGAAUCGCUAUUUCAAUAUGUGAAAGUUUAGGAACAGUUAUCGUCGGAACACUAGAAAGAGGAGUUCUGAAGAAGGGUGACAAGGUUGAGAUCAAGGGAGACGGACAAGUUCUUCAAACGACUGCAUCCGAUAUUCAAGUGUUCGGCAAGAGUGUCAAGGAAGUCAGAGCCGGAGAUCACUGCGGAGUUCUCUGCAGAGGAGUCAAAGCGGAUACUGUAAAACGAGGAAUGUGGGCAGGACAUCCGGGAGCAGUUUCCAUCACGAACAGAGUCAAAGUGGAACUUUAUCUGCUUUCGGAAGCAGAGAAUGGCCGGAAGAUCGGAAUCCGAACGGGAUUCACUGACAAAAUGUACUGCAGCACAUGGGACCAGGUCGGCCGAUUCGACAUGAGCAACGAGCUUCUGAUGCCCGGAGAGCACACCUCCGCGACGGUUCUUCUCAUGAAGGACAUGCCGCUGAGGAAGGGAAUGCCGUUCACUUUGAGAGAGGGAAGCAGCAAAACGACCAUUGCCAGGGGAAUUAUUUCGGAUCUGGAGGAGCACGUGUCCGUAGAGAAGCACAAUCUGAAGAAGUCCGCCGAGAAAAUGGGAGAAAAUUAG